AUGGAUCUCGCAAACCUCAUCUCGCAUCCCACCUCCGAGGCUGCCUCGACUUUCAAGUCGAGGUCAGCUCAGAGUCCUCCCGCCUUUCAAGCGAACCCUUACAAGCGUCUCUCCGGAUCGUCGAUGAGCUCUUACUUCACCUCCGUACCGACGACCGCGACAUCGUAUUCUCGCACCCCGCAGCCACCACUCUCCCCACCCGUCGACGACCGGCCCAGAUGUUCGCUGCCCUCAAUCUCGACUCUACUGGAGGGUGCAGACAGCGCAGCCGCACAUGCAGCGAAACGCCAAAGAACUAGCCUCUCGGCGCAUAGGGAUCUUGAUGCCCGUCCUCAGUCGCAACCGUAUGACACGAUCACCCCACAUGCCUUGCCACCUACGCCGCCAUUGCGUCCUGGCUCGGGUUUUCGCAGCAACGGCCAUUCGCCUUCAGCCUCGUCUGUUUCCGCAACGAGCGCCAGCACGGUGAUCAAGACCGAAACAUAUCCUCAGCCUCACAUCGGCCUUCCCAGCCCGACAGAUCGCUCCUCCAUCUCCAGCCAAGGAUCGGUGCAGCAUGCGCCCGGAGCGCCGUAUGCGUCGCCAGCGCCUAGCGUGGCAUCUUACUCGUCACCUGUCGAGCCUUCCACACCGUCCAGCGCAGCCUACUAUCAAAGAAAGGCCCCUUCAGCUCCCUUCCAGAACCCAGGCAGCGUCCCCUCAGCAUCGGCCGCUCACCAGCAGCUUAUCACCCCCAUCACCCCCGCCUGGCAACACCACCACUAUUUCCCCCCAUCCAGCUCAACCGCCUACCAGCAGAACCAUGAUCGCUACAUCUGCCGCACCUGCCACAAAGCGUUCUCGCGCCCUUCCAGUCUGCGCAUCCACUCCCACAGCCACACGGGCGAGAAGCCCUUUCGCUGCACACACGCCGGCUGCGGCAAGGCCUUCAGCGUGCGAAGCAAUAUGAAGCGCCAUGAGCGUGGAUGCCAUACAGGCCGCCCAGUCGCCACUGCUAUGGUGUCAUAA